UAUUUCAUUUACAACAUUCAAAGCUUUUUAUAAAAUAAAAUCAAGUAUAAUAACACCACACUACACUAUUCAUCUCCCUAAAAAUGUUUACAAAACUUCUUAUUAUAUAUUUAAAAUUACGACAAAUAUGGGAACCACAGUAUUAUUCUUAACUACACUCACAAUCUUCAUGCUUACAUCUAAGUAUACAUGUUACAGCCAUAGUGAUUAAAUAGAUAUUAUACAUAAUGACUAGCUCAGAUCAAAGAAUUCUUUGAUCUGAGAUGACUAGUCAUUAUAUAUAAUACCCAAAUUGACUAGACAGUAUGAUAAAUUAAUCACUUUAUCUGGAUAUAAUUCAUAAUAGCUGGUCAAAGUUAGCCAAAGUAAUAAAUCCCUACCUCCCUACUAAUAUUAUAAAUGCGAAAGUAACUCCGUCUGUCUGUUACGCUUACGUCUAAAACUUGGUACAGAGAUAGAGUUGACCUUGAGAAAUAACAUAGGUAGGAUAGUUUUUAUCCCAGACAUUUGAAGAAUUCUCUUGGAAACGCGAUAUAACUGAACUAUACGCGGGCGAAGCUAGUAUGGUAUAACCAACUGACUACUUACUAAACUACUACUACUUAAAAACGGCUCAAGUUAUUAUCAACAUGUAUUUUUUUAUGAUAAGUCAUCAAAUGACUCCUCCCGCUGCCUGUGGGAGAGCAGCGUGAGGGAGUGUCAGUAGUAAGUGACUUAAACCCACGGGUGGAAUAAAGUAAAAUUAAGUAAAGUCAUAAAGUAAUUAAGUAUAAAAAAUGAAAAUAAAAGCGCGGUAAAAGUUUUAUUAAUAAAAAAAGUCAUAAAGUAAAAGUAAUGGUCAAAUUCAUUUAUCAAGGCUCAAAUAACAGCAAAACUAAAAGUUAAAAUCGGAAAAAAUCGGAGAAACGAAUUUGACCGUUACUUUUACUCUAUGACAUUACUUUGGCUUUUACUUUUGAUGAAGAAACUGGCUAUUAGUCAGUUGACAUGAAAUUAUAAUCUUCACCUUCUUGUUUUAUUACAUUAUCCAAGUCUUUGAAAAUACUAUAUAAAAUUGCUAGUUAAUGUGAUUAAUUCUGUGCCAAUUAUCACUUCAUCUAAAUUGAGUAGACAUUAUAAAUAAUGGCUAGAUAACAUACAAAAUAUCCAGACUAAUUACUUUGGCUGUAACAUACAUACAAACAUUUUAAACAUUUAAGCACAAUAGGUACAAUACGCAAAAUAAAAAGUAUAAAUUCACAAAAAUUACACUACCCUGCCAUGAUAGGCCCGGUUCCCACUACGCCGGACCGGCAGAUCUGCCGCGCCGGUAAAUCUGCCGGAAGGGCUAGUGGCUGUACAAUUUAUAUGAAGCUAUUCACAUUAUCCCGGGUCCGGCAUUUUUGCCGAGCCCGGCAUUUUUACCGAGCGUUUUGUCACUACGAAUUGCCGGCAGAACGACCGGGCCCGGAGUAAUGUGAACGAGUUUGUGCCGGUAUCUGUCCCCCGCUCGCCCCGCUCGUGCUCCCCUCGCCCCGCCCGUGUUCCACUCACGUCAUUCGGCUCGCAUUUUCUGGUAAAAGUAGACGUUUAGCAUGGAUAUUCAAGCAGAAACUUUAAUUACGCUUGUCCAAGAGAGACCUGUUCUGUGGGAUAAGACCGAAGACGUCUAUAAAGACAAAAACUUAAAGUUAGCAGCAUGGCGUGAAGUAUGUUUAAUACUGAAACCAAACUUCGAUGAACUGGAUGAAAAAGAAAGAAAACAGUACGGAAAACAGGUUUCAACUAAAUGGAAUAAUAUACGAGAUUCGUGGCUUAAGACAGUAAAGAAACAAAAAGAUGAGUCUAAAUCUGGAUCUUCGGCCAAAAAGACACGAAAUUAUUUAUAUCACGAGCAAUUAAUGUUUUUGAAAAAAGUCUCCGAACCUCGACCACCACAUGAGUCAGUUUCAAAAAAAGCAAGAACCGAGACUGAAGUAGGCAUGGAAUCAGAUUUUCGUUCACCUUUAAUUAAAGAUAAAAGAAAAAUUGAUAAUAAAGAGGUAAAUGACAGGAUGGUAAAGUUUUUGGACUCCAGAAUAAACCCAGAAAAGGAAAACCAUCAUCUGUCUUUCUUCAAAGGCAUUAUACCAAUCUUGAACACUUUAACUAUCGAAGAGACUUUAGAAUUUCAAGCUAGCGUCAUGACAAUGUUGCAAAAAAUUAAAAGUAGGAAUAAUGAGAGACCAAAUUACGGACAUUGGCGUGAUUCAUAUAAUCAGAUGACCGGACCAGAUCAGUAUUCUGGAUACUACACACAUAAUAGCGUCAAUCAACAGGCAACACCUACGCAAGAUCAACACCACCCUGGAUACUCUACGCAAUAUAAUAGUAGCAAUCAACAGGCAACAACAUCUAUACCAUCAACUUCAUCUCAGUCAUCGAAUCCGAUUCCAGCUUCGCCAUCAGCAUCUAGUAAUCAUUCCAUACAUUCCCAAGACUCAGAUUACUUAGAUUUUGAAGGGUUUUAAGUUUGAGUACAAAUAAAUACAUAAAUAAGU